AUGCCAGACGCAGACUUCCUCAACUCCCCCUCUCCUUCUCCCACUCUACUCUUCCACUGUGACUACGGCGACUGGUCUCCCUCCUUCUCCAUCAUCCCGUCCGUCUACCUCCUGGCCUUCCUGGUUGGAUGCCUCGGCAACGGCCUGGUGCUGUGGGCCUACCUGGACCGGGCUGAUGGGAGGGGAACUGCAAAACUCUGUUGCGCUGGCAUUUUCAGAAGCAGCCUGCAGAACAUGAACAGCGCUGGUAGAUUUCACCCCAGGUCCUCUCCUCAGAGGAAGACAGAAAACGGCGGCUCUUCCUCCUCUCACACCUUGGCCUUGUCCUCGUAUCCUCCCUCCAUCCCUCGUCCCUCCCGCUUUCUAACGGACUCUCUCAUAGCCAGCUUAGCGUUGGCUGACCUCUGCUUCCUUGUGACUCUCCCUCUGUGGGCGGUCUACACAGCGAUGGGCUACCACUGGCCUUUCGGGCAACCGCUCUGCCAAAUCAGCAGCUUCCUCACUGCGCUCAACAUGUAUGCCAGCGUGUUCAGCCUGAGCAUGCUCAGUGUGGAACGGUACUGGGUUCUGACCGGACGCCGGCACUCCAGCCACCAUGCCCCGCAGAGGUGCCCCAGCAGGGCUUUGUGGAUACUUGGAGGGGUGUGGGUGCUGGCGGGGGUGCUGGCACUUCCUGGUUUGCUACUGCGCUCUGUCAGGGAGGUGGAGGUAGACCCUGAAUCUGAUUAUGAUUGGCAGCUGGAGCCGGUUCAUCCUACUACUGACUCUGGAACAAUCUUCCUCUCCUGCCAAAUGGAUUACUCCAUGCUGAUUGGAGCAGAGCUGGAGGAGACAGAUCGAGAGCAGGCGGAGAUGUGGUGGGCGGCCGCUUUGAGUAUUAAAUCAACUCUAAUCGGCUUCCUGCUUCCUCUUGUCAUCUUGCUGGUCUGCUACUGCUCAUUGGCCCAGCUCCUGAGCAGACAUUUUGGGCGGGGCCCUUGUCCUGACCGCAGGCGCCAGCGAAGACUCCUCAGGGUCAUCGUCACUUUAGUGAUGGCUUUCUUUCUGUGCUGGCUGCCUCUGCAUGUUAAUAAGACUGUUUCCAUCCUGCUGGAGUUUGGUUUUGUCCCACACUCCUGCUCUUUGGAUCAGAUUUUACUGGCUGCUCAGCCAUACGUCACCUGUUUAGCUUAUCUCAACUCCUGCCUUAACCCUCUCCUGUACGCUGCAUGUGACCCGUCCUUCAGGAAGAGAUGCAGAAGAGCUCUUCUCCUGCUGUGCAGGACGUGA